ACACGGACAGGAAAAAGAAACGAGUCUGUAAAAGUCUGAGCAACAGAACUCUCUGUGCUGCUGCUGCUUCACCGAAGAAAACUUGUUCAUGUCACAGUUUGUUCCGUCGAAGAUUACAUCAACAAAAACAAGAAAUCCUAUUACGCCUACUCUCUGCACAUGCGCACAAGCGGCAUACAUCGAGCUCUGACAUCCUUCACGUUGCAGCUUCGAAUCCAUCACCUCUCUCUCUCUCUCUCUCUCUUUCUCUCUUUCUCUCUCUCUCUCUCUCUCUCGAGCAAUCACGCGCCCUUCCGCCACCACCUGCACUGACACCGGCUGCAAAAGUUCCUCGCGCCCAGGUAAGCAGCUGAUUUCAAUCAACCAAUCGAUUAUCAUUGUUAAUCAUUCUUAUCAAUGCAUCAUCGGGAUGAAAGCGCGUGGAUGUGAUGGAUGUGGUUGUUGUGUGUCUGCAGAGAAGCUCACACAUGAACACGAACACGCUGUCCUCUCCAGCUGAUCAUGUAAGAUCGAGCGCGCGCUUGUUUGGUGUUUAUUUCACACAGCUGAUUGGAAAGUUGUUUGUUUUGAGCUGAGCUGUGGGUUAUAGAGAGAUGUCCAAGAGACCUGUGUGAGUGUGAAGGUGAGGUGGAGUGGAGUGGGGGACAUCCUGAUAAGUUAGUGUACAUUAACGUGGAACAAUGAGAGGAAAACCACUAAAUGAUCACAUGCAGGAAGAUGCAAACUUCACAUCACAGCUCCAUGUGUGAUUUUUUUGGCAAUCAGAGAAGUGUUUAUCAUGAAUUUGGUCAAGAAAGAGCAGGAUAAUCUUGUGUGUCUUUGUUAGAAGAUCCUCAGUCUGUGUUGUAGUUUGUGAAGGCGGCAUGAGCAGAGUGUGGGCUCCUCCAGCACGAGUCUGGAUUUAGAUUUCUGUCUGACUAUUGAGUAUUAUCAGCACUUCCUGCAGGAUCCAGUUUCACUUUGAUCCAGAGUAUCAAUAUCUUUGAUUCAACACUGAAAAGAGUUUUUUUUCUCUCUCUCACUGUGGCCUUUUCUAUUUUCAUACUCCGGUGGACUAUGGCGUAAUACCUGCUCGGAUCAAGAGGGGGACUCAUUUUACAGUCUCCUUAAACAAUCAUUACUUAAUAAUUUCCUUGAAGUAAUAAUCAUUAUAAAUAAUCAAUUUGAUCUGCAGACGUGGUAAUUCUUCUGCCUUAAUGUCUCGGUCUGAUUUUAUGUCCAUGAAGAAAUGAUCAUAAAUGUUCUUCCUUGAGCUGCGUCACCCCGCUGUAGUCCGUAAUGGACUGGCUCGAGGUCUCGCUAAAAACAAGCGGCUGGUGGAAGAGAGUAGGUGAGUUGUGUUUAGUCUCUUUGCUAAAGAAAUUAGUCAAAGCUUAAAAGAUGUUUGAUGGCUAGGACCUUAUAUGUCCUGUUGAUGAAGUUAGGUGCUGUUCUGAGCAUUAUUUGUGGCUAUAGAGUGGCGCUUUGGUUGUAUUACUAUCAUGCGGUCGUUACUUAAGUUGGUACAACUAGAGAAGCAAGCGGUCGGCAACAUUCAUCUCUCGAGGGGGGUUUCUAACUCGGUGUUACGGUGUGUUAGACCCUAAAUUGAUUUUACGCCGGAUUAUCCCUUUUAAACUGUGUUCCUGUAGAAAAACUUUCAGUGCAUUCAGCAAUGUGCACUUCUGGUGCAGAUGUGUAGCUCUUUAGAGUACAGUCUGUUAUCAUGAUUGUACCAGGCAGCAGUAUGAUAGUCCAGCUCAGACAAUGAUCUAGUACAAAAUUAGGGGCUGCUGUUCUGAUUUGCUUUUUGUAUUGAAGCAGCUGCUUGCUUCACCAUUUUCAGGGAGAAUUACUGUAUGUUACCUUUUAGGUGCUUAAAACGUACUAAAAGAGCAUGUCAUGCGUGUAUUUUGUAGUAAAAAUGAGGAAAAGGGAACAACUUUUAACAAAUUCUUCACUUUUUCAAAGCUUGGCUUUAAAGUUUACCGAUUUAAAAAGCUGACAGGAACUAAUGUUUCUGCCAAAGGAUCAACAGGUAGAAGUAAAGCGUCGAUCUGCAGGUUGAUUUUUUUUUAAUAAUGUGUGUGAUCUGGUUGUCUCUGGUGUUGCCUGUUAUGAGGUUUCAACCAAUCAGAAUCAAGUAUUUAAUUCAGAUUGGUAUUAAUUUUCCCUAAAUAGACAGCACAUGUCAAAUUCACAAUGAUGUAGUUUCAGAAACAGUCCAGGCUUUGAUAAAAAUGGAAGCUGAAUGAUUAUUUUCUGCAUGGUUUGUAGUGUUAGAUUGAUCUUUUAAUUUAUUAUUCUGAUAUUUAAAAACACUAAGAUUAUAUAAGCUUAGCGUAGAGAAACUAAAACUACAAUACCCCGUAAGAAUUUGACACCAAAAACUACUAGAAAUUAUUCAAUAAGUAUCGACAAACUGUGGCUCCGUAUGUAAAAAUAAAAAACAGUCAAAGGCAGAGAACCAAACCUGAAAUUUUAUUCCAUGAUCUUGUUUUCAGUCAUUCUUCAUCUGUGUUUUUACUGUCACAUUUUGUUCAGGGUUCACAGUUUUAAAUGUUACUCUAGCAUGUUGAAAAAAAGGCUACAGAGCACAGAUCCAUGUUUCCCAUCAUGCCUCAGCUCUCUCUAAAGACCUGGCUUCUGAUCCUGGCUGGCAGCUAUGUUGCUAUUCUAAUCACCACCAAUGUUCUGACCAGCUCCUCCAGCGUGUUCAUGUUGUUCCGCUGCUCUGUAUUCACAGCAGGAUUCAUCCCGUCGCUGCAUUCACGAUGCACAGCAUGGAUCAUUUGUCCUUGAACUUUUAUUCUCUGCAGCAUCUGUGGUGCCGCCGGCCGCCCCCCGAGCAUUUGUUUGGUCCGUGUUCUGCUGCAGGAGCCUCACUCAUAAUCCUCACUGUCCGCCCUCAGAAAGCGGGAUUAUUUCAGUUUCAGGGAACAAACGGCUCUGUCACAAAGUUUGUGUCUUUGUUUUGGCUGUUGUGACCGAUAACGGCUCCUCCCGAGGGUCCUUCAGGGAUUUUAAAGCUUCCGAAAUGGAGCUGUUCGAAGCUGCAGUUCUUCAUAACGAACACUAGAUGGCUCAGUUAAAGAAACUCCAGUUAACACAAUUUAAAUUUUGUCAAGUGUAGCUGACUAAAAAUGAACGGAGGUCAUGUUUAAGUUAAAAAUGCAUUGAGAUUGGAUAAUUUGCAUGAAUAAAUAUAGACUGUAGGGCUGGGCGAUAUGGUCUCGAAUCAAUAUCACGAUAUAUUGAUCAGUUCACCUCGAUAACGAUAAAUGGACGAUAACUACUCCACAAGCUGCUCACCCCCUCCCACAUUAACUUCGUCUACUUCAGCCACUACAACUUUUGAACCGUCCUCCAUCUCCUCACCUGUCUUUCCCUCUUUGUUACAGACUGGAUGGGGUGGAGUCACGUCUCUGACGUAAGACAACAUCUUAAAGGGACAUGAGACCAUAGCCUACCUACACACAUCCAAAACCAACUUUUGUUUAUUUUUUUCGAACAAUAUAUUUAUUGAACUUUUACAUAUACAAAAAAACCCAUCAAAACAUGGACAGUUGGACAAUGAAAUGCGGUCGUCUCCGUCUAUAGAAAGACUGUACUUUGAGUUGUCCAGACAACUGUCAAUAACAUAAGUAAGUAAAUAGAGAGUAAAAGAUAAAAAAGGACAGGGUGACAUGAGACAAAACAGAAAUAUAUAUAUAUAUAUAUAUAUACAUGUACUCAGCACAAUAACACAAUUAGCGUCAGCGCCCCAACGUCCAAGAAAGUCCAACUGGAGUCUCCAAAUCUUCUCACAUUCACUUGCUUUCUCUCUGAUGACACAUGUUAAUCUCUCUAGUACAACAUACAAAGCCAUCUCUUCCACCCAAACAUUUAUCAAAGGUACAUCCAUUUUCUCCCAAGAUAAGGCGAUUUUUCUCCAAACCAACUUUUAUUCAUUUAUUUUUUUGACACCGAAUAUACGGAUAUGGGCAAAAUGACAGCGGUCAUUGUCGUAAAUUUCGGUAAGGGUACAUUUUCAGUUUAUCACCCAGCCCUAAUAGAUCGCCAAGCCUGAUGAUGUGUAUAUUUGCUGUGCAUCAACCAGAGUAUGAAUGUGCAUGACUGCUAUCGCAUACAGGUCAAAAACGGUGCCCCCUUUGGUCAAGUCGAGUCGAGUCAACUUUAUUUAUAGAGCACUUUAAAAAACAAAGUUUGAGCCAAAGUGCUUUCCAUCAGGAAAAUCUAGACUUUGAUAAAAACAUUUUAAAAAACACACUCGAUGAUAAGGUAAAAAUAUACAUUUAUACUUUACACCAAGAACAGGAUAGCAAAAUGGGUAAGAACUUAAUUCAGAUGAGGAAUCAGGUUAUGAGAAGGCAAGAGAGUAGAAGUGAGUCUUUAGGAGUUUUUUGAAACAGACCAGAGAGUCAGCAGAUCUGAUGUGUAAUGGAAGGUUGUUCCACAGUCAUGGUGCAGCGGCUGAAAAGGCCCUGUCUCCAAAUGUUUUUUUGUGUGACCUUGGUACAGUGAGAAGACCUUGAUGUGAUGAUCUGAGGAGCCUUGCUGUGUUGUAUGGUGAUAUUAGUCCAGUGUGCAGAGCAAUCGUGCUGCAGCAUUUCAAACCAUUUGUAGUCAUUGUAUCGAUGACUGGUUGAUCCCAAAGUAGAGGGAAUACAGUACUGGAGGGAACUGGUCUCAGCUGAAUCCAAACUAAUAAGAAAAUAGCAGAUUGAACAACCUGACUUUACGUACACUGCACCCUACGAUAUAAACGGUAUAUUAGACCCUAAACAUCAGGGUUUAAUAUGUCCCAGAAGUAUAGAAAACAGUCACAGUAAAGUUUUUGUUGCCGAGUGGAGACGAAGUGAAGAGAAGGAAAAUGGGAAAGGAAUAAUUGAAAGUAUAAAACAACAAUUGUAAUAAAAAUAAUGAGAGUUCAACACGAAAUCAAAGGUUAAAGAAAACAAUUAAAUGUAGUAAUAGAGGGCAUUUCAUCAGCCACCUCUUUUUUUUUUACCUGUUAAAAAAUAAAACUUUAAAUAAAUAAUUUAGCUAUAUUCUUAGCUUGAAAACCUACCUGUGUCUGGUUGUAAUGCGGUACAAUAACCAGACGGUGGCAGUAGCUCAUCUGAAAGCUGUUAAUUGAAAACCAAUAAAGCUCCUGUGAGGAACUUUAUGUUUGCCAUGUUUUGGCGCCCCCUGUGGACAAAGUGUUUACUUUUUUCUUUUGUAGAGGUUGUUCUGUACGCCAAUUUUUUUGUAGAAUGGUAGGGGAAGGUCCCGCCCUCCUUCGCCUCUGAUUGGCUAGAAGUGCUGGGCUCCGAUUAGUUAUUCCUUAUGGCUGUGAAACCUCAUCGUCUGUUGGGUCAGGGUUAUUAAAGUCAUCUUUAAAAAAUCCACAAAAAUUACAUAAAGUGCAAACUUUUCCAGGUAAAACUAGAGUAUGCACGUCAUAUUUACGCAGAUAUCUUUAUAGGAUGCACCGUCAUAGGUCUCUUUUUCUGUCACUAUUCAGAUAAUUGCCUGAUAGUUUCCAAUGACAUGACAUCUCUUAUGUGUGCAUAAACAAUUUUUUUUCAUGUGUUUCCAUUCAGGCGGUUUGUUUAUUGUUUAUGCAUGACAGAAAAAGGCUUUUGCAAACUCCUAAUCAAAGCAGUUCUCUCAUUAAAAUGUACCUUCCUGAUGGAUUCUGUUGAAAGAGCGAUAACUCCUGCAGAGAUUUCUUUAGAUGUUUUGGAGCGUUUUUGAUUAAUUAACGAGAGUCUGUGACGUGGAGUCGUUCAGGAAAGCAGGAUUUAAUCUUCAGAGUUUGUCUUUAGAAACCUGAGGGCGACAUCAGAGUUUGUACGUCAGUGCUUUUUUGUCUGUCUAGGGUACCGGAGCAAAAAAGGAUAAGUGCUGCAUGAGCAAACUUCACACUCUGGCACUUUCACCAGGACUUUCUGAAAGUUUAAUCAGCAGCCAGAAAUCAUGCAGGGCGGCGCUGAAUGUCUUCUUGUUAUUCUGUGGAUGGGGGUGGAGGUGUUGAAGAGUUGCAGCCAGUGUGAGUGUGUACAGUUUGGUCUGGAUGGACUCACUGCUCACUUCCUGCCGUAAUAAGCUUUGAUUUCUGCCUCUAAUCCUGAUUCAUUACUUUCUGUUCCUGUUAGUGACUCCAUAACAGUAUUAUCCACAGGGGCUCAUUUAAAAGGGAUAAGAGAGAGAGGAGAGACUUUUUGUUGCUCAAGUUUUCCAUUAAAACUACCAAAAUGAGCAUAUUUCUGAUCAAAGUAAGAAACCUUAAAAUUUAGGGCUGCACAAUUAAUCCAUUUUAAAUCAUAAUCGGAUUAUUUGAUUAUAACAAUGUUAAAAAAAUUAAAAUCGUCAAAUCAUUUUUCCGCUCUAUCAUUUCUCGCGCCUCCAGGCCACCGUAGGCUCCCCAGUUCCCACAAACACCAGUGUAAACAAACAUGGCGUUUGCAAAAAAAGGCUAUAAUUUCGUGGUUAAAUAGGACAAGAGGGAGUCAGUUGUGUGGAAUUGGUACGACUUUGCUGUUUCGAUUAAGAGCAAACCACUCCCCGUCUGUCUGAAGGCGGUACCAACUCGUCAACACAGAAACUAAUUCAGGAGUAACAGCAAAAGUUUUUUGUUGUAUCGGCAUUUCAUCCGAACAAAAACUGCAUUUUGGGUGACUAUGUUGGAGGGCCGAACCAACAAUAACUUCAGAUCAGGGGGGUUCACACAUACAGAAAAGCAAACCCAAAUAAGAAACGACUAGUUCAUUGCUUAUUUGGGCAAAAAGUUUUACAAGCGACUUCUGAGAGAAACAGGCCUAAAGUCAUAAAUAAUGAGCAGACUUGGCAAAUAUAAGGUGUUUAAACUUGUCUCUGUUCACGAAUGCAGUUCUAGGAAGUAAGCAUGUGCAUCCAAAAGGAAAUAAAACAACGGCUAGGUUUUCAAAAUAAAAGCAACACACUUUUAUGGCAUGUUGAUGAUUUGAUUGACGGACCUCACAAAAGGCCGGGCAGGGACAUCCAAAGGCUAAAUGCCCUGGUCUGCUGUAAACGGUACUUUUUAAAAACGGGUCAGAGAGUGUAUAAAUCCGUAAACGACAAUCAUUUCAUCCCCGUGUGGACACCUGUCUGUAUCUCUCAAAAUGAUUAUGUGACACACAGCGUAACUCUUUCAUGGCGCCCGCACGUGUCCCACCAGAACAACCUUUAUAAACAUGCUCUGUACUGGCUCAGCAUAUGCACAUCUUUUUCAGUGGUUUCGUUUUGAGAGAUGAUAGAAAAACUUAUUAUUGUUAAAGUGAAGUUUAGUGAAGUUGUCACUGAAUGAAUAAAAAAAAAAAAAUCAGGAUUUAAUUUUGGCCCAAAUCGUGCAGCCCUAAAAAGUAAUAAAACUUGUCUGGAGGUGAAGUCCAUCAACUGUGUCCACUUUUAUUUGAACAGCUUCGUCCAAUUCUGUAAAAUACGUUAGGUAGCCGUCUUGAAUCUUAUCAUGCACCCUCAAAGGUGGACAAAUGAUCAAGCAGGAAAUGAAUUUGUCAUAAAACAGCAUCGAUUUGAUCAUCUGUUCAGGUCAGGUCAUGGUGGCAGCAGGCUAAACACGUCCCGCUGAGCCGUGUUUCCCAGCUCCUCCUGGGGGAUUCUGGGGCAUUCCCUGACCAUGUGGGACACUUAAUCCCACCACAGCGUUUCAGCCUUUAACCUUCGGUCAUGAGCUCCGGGUCAGAAGUCGGGAGUCCCAGCACCUGUGAUCGAGCGCGAUCUCUAUCAUCAAGACUGAACCAUGACCAUAUAAGGAAGCGCAUCCUCCCUCUUUUCUCUAACAGCAGAGCAAAAAAAAAUAUUAACGACAAGUGAAAUUUGUCGUCAAUCAGCAUCAACAAACCCCUGCAGUGUCUAAACUGACUGUGUUUGGCAUCAGCUGAUUAGAUGUUAAUUGUGGAGAUAAUUAGAUUCAAGUCAUUCGAGCAUUUCAUCUCAGAUAUUCGCUGCAUUCGAGGAUUUCUGUUUGUCUCCAAAGAGAGUGUUAGCGGUCAGAAGCUCCUCCAGAUUUUUUCUGUUGGUGUGGAAAGACUCAGGAUCCCCUGCUGUGAUGCUGCUGGAGCCUCUCGUGUGAAAUUUUGUGUUUAUUUUUUUUUCUUUUCUGCAGUUUUGGCGUGAUUGCAGGAAAAGAGGAAAAACUGACCCUGGACACGAAUCAGGGCUUGCUUCUCUCUUCAGCCAAAUCUCUGCUCUGAUGAAAUUUAGGAUUUGAGUCUCGGCUACUCUGCUGAAAUACCCUUGAGCAAGGCAUGAAACCCUUUGUGCGUUAACAGCGUGUGAGAAAGCGGCGUUGUGCGUGUCCGUGUGUGUGCGGGAAACCGCUCUAAACGCUUGUGAUUGAAGCGCGGCGCUGAGAGGAAGAAAGUUGGACAGAUGAAACGCGCCGAGACAAAGUCAGCAAAGUGACUCACACGUCUGUCAUCUCUCCUCUUCCUCUUGUACAACAUGCAAAUGUGUGAACGCACAGCAUCACUGACUGUGUGUGUGUGUGUACGUGUGUGUAACAUGUGUGUUUGCAUCCGUCACGUAUGUCAUCCUCUGCACACCAAUGCAAUUCACACUCUUUCCAUUUUUUUUAAUCUCAGCAAAAUCCUCUCAGCUGGUACAUCCAUCCCUCUACUCCCCCAACACACACACACACACACACGCUCACCAGCUCCACCAUAGACUUUGGAAUUCACUGUUGCCAUGGCGAUGGAAUGGAGCACGCUCUCUCGCAUCGCCUGUUCUUUUCUAUUGCUUUAUAUCUCUCUCUGUAGAGGCAAAGCCGCUUCUCUUGUCUGACAGGAGGCUCAUUUUUAGCUGUGAGCGUCAUGUUUGUUUGUUUGUUCGCUCGUUUGUUUGUUUGUUUAUUGAUCGAUUGCAUAUGAUCAUGGUGAAAUAGAAAACAAGUUUGAUCAGGAGGAGAUGCUUCUGAACAUGAGCGUUUCUUUGGUUUCAAGACUCGUGUCACGUCCGUUAAUCGAAAACCUCCUCUCUCUCUUCUUCGCAUCCUUUCUCUUCUCCUCAUUCUCUUCUCUUUCCAUCCUUCCUCUCACUCUCUCUCAUCUGCUCUUAACCCCCCCACCACCGCCGCCGCCGCCGCCGCCGCCACCACCCCUCUGCCUCUUUCCUUCUUCUCUCAGUAACUAAGAUGACUGCCAUGACAAUUCAAUGAGAGGAGAGGAAGCCGAGUGAAGCACCUCGCUCGCCGAGAAAGGAGAGAAAGAGUCAUCCAGGUGAAGAGGAGAGAAGAAGAGGAAGAGGAGGAAGAGAAGAGGGAGAGGCGGGAGAGGAGCGAGGGAAGGGGAAGGGGAGAGAAAUCGAAGGAUAAACGGUGGAUGGAGGCGGCUCGGACCGGGGCUACGAGGCGCUCUUCACUGACGAGGAAGAAGAAGAACAGCAGCAGCAGCAGCAGCAGCAGAGGGGGGGAGAGGAGAUGGAGGCUAAAGGCAGAAACAUGCCCCCAGGUAACACACACUCACUCACACACACACAAACAAACACACACACACACACUCACAGAGGCUCAUGUGCGUGUGGUCAGAUGUACCAUGCAUACAUUUAUACGCACAAACAUUUAUGGACAAACACAAUCGUGCAACAAACAAAUCUGUGCAGAGGUUCAGAUCCAGAAGAGAAGUGGAUCAGUUCUGUGAGGACGCUCAAUAUUUGUUCUAUAACUGACACAUUUGCAGGUUUUAUACAACAAAAUGAUUACAUAAAUUUAGUAAUAUUAAAGCAAUAGGAGUGUAAUUUUAAAUGUCAUUCAGUUUCUUCAAAGUGAGUCUUUACUGAGGCGGAAGUCUGACCAUAAAGUCGUUUUUACACUGUAGUUUGGAAAGAUAAGUUUUUCAGGAAGUGUUUGUCUGCUCUCUCUUAGAGUUGACAUUCACACUGAAGCGUGUGAUCCGUGUCAAAAUAAGCAAAAAAUUAUAACAAAAACAAAGUGCAACAAUCAAGCUAACGGUGAUCAACGUAAAUAUACAACUACAAUUAUUUUUUAUUGAAGGUUUUUCUUUUCAGAUUCCUGACACCUCCUAUAGUUUUCAACAAAAAUUCAGAAUUUUGUCUAUUUUAGAAAAAAAAAUCUAAAUUCGAAAAAAAUAUUUUCUCAAAAGUCAAAAUUCUGGGUAAAAAAAAACAACUUUUUUGUUUAAAUUCCAACUUUUUUUCAAAGUUUUAACUUUCUACUAGAUUUCUGAGGUUUUUCUUAGGAGUUUUUUUUUUUUUUCUUAAAAAAAAAAAAAUCAGAGUUUAAAAAAAAUUCCUGACCUUCAUUUUUUUGUUUGUUUUAGUGGCCCUAAUUUUUUUUGUUUGAUGAUAGCUAAUCCUUACUUUACAAAAGGAUUUCUGACAUUGAAUCUAGAGAUGAACGGUCCAGAGCACUAAUGAUGGGCACAGCAGGUCUUAUAGAUGUACUGAAUCACUAGAAUCAGUUCACUAAAAAGAUUCGUUCAAAAGAUUCGUUCACCCAAUCACUGAAUCACUUAAUGCUUGGCGGUAGAAGCCUGCGACUCCGACCUCCUGAACUGAUACACAGCUGAACGUUUUUAGGAUUCACUUCAAUUCAUGGCUUUGUUUGGGUGUUUGGCUGUGUUGCUUUGGCAAACGGGUUUGUAAAAACGAACUGGUUUAUAAGUCCUGAUGUUUUAAGUGUACUGUACAUGUACCAUGUACCAAACUUGUACCGUUCCCUCGCAAACCGCUGCAAUGAUAAGAUGCUGCGGGUUUAAUGCACUACUUGUUACAUGCUGUGUACUAUUGUAUGCAAGUUGUUGUGUUGGCAAUUCAGCAGUAUUAAAAAAUAAAAAAAAGUUAGUUUUGACCGAUAAAAAUGACCAGAUUUAUUUGAUUAUUUCUAAACUCUGCCCAGCAGAAGGUGCAUUUGUUCACAAAUGAAGAAACACAAAUUACAAAUAACGAGAUUUAUUUAGGAAUAAUGGAAACUGAUUGCAGGAGGAGCUUUCAAUGUUGCUGCAUUUGCAAGGUAAAAAAUGUGAACUCAUAUAAAUAAAUCAAGUGUAGUGUUAGUUCAGGCAGGCUUAAGUGUGAUGCCCGCAGCAGGUAGAGCAGCAGCAAAACCAGGAACAAAGCAGAGCUGACAUCAGUGAUAAUACAUGAGACACUGAGAAGAUCAGACCCGGUGUAAAAGGAGGAUCUGGGCUGGAGGUGGGUGAUGUAGAAAACAGAAGGAGACGGCUGAAGUGGUUUAAAUUGAUCGUCUAUUUUGACACGUGUUGGUUAGAUUCAGGGAAGGUUAUCAGCUGAUCUGUCAGCUGAUAUGGGCUGGUUGUUGGAUCAGCUGAUGUUCUGUUCUUAAACUACAUUGUGGUCAAAUACUGCUGAGAUCUAAUGUUAUUCAGAAGUCAGUCAGAAAGCCACCUUUGACAAAUAAAGAUAGGAAUUAUUGAUUGGAAAUAAAAAGCAGAUGAUUGAAAGUAGAAAUUCAAAGAUUAGACGUUCCUUCAUCCUGCUGUCGGCCUGCUGCAGUCGUGUCUCUCUGCAGUCUUUUAGGGACUUACCGUAUGCAUAUUCCAGCAGGCAGGUCACUCUCAGGGUCAGAGUAUCGGUGGUCUCUGUUAUUCUGGGAUUUGCGUUGCCAUGGAAACACCCCUCAGGUCGGCUGAAUUAGUCAAAUAGUUCAGAAGCCCACACUGGGGGCUGCUUUCCUCCAUACCAUCGAUCGUUUUACAUUAACCUCCUGUUUGUGUUGCGGGAACAGAAAUAUCUGCGUCCUCUGUUCUCGGUGAACGUUCAGAGAGUUUUUGUGUUUUAUUCAGAUCUUUUUGUGGAACUGAACGUUUAACUGAUGCAGACUCUCCUCCUCCCUCCUCGUCUCCUCCUUCCUUGUUCCUUGGAUGUUUCAUUUAUGCUUCCUGAAGCACAGCAGAUGUGAUGUAUCUCAAUUUCCCUCCUGUCCUCCUCCUCUCUGCUCACCUCUCAGCUUCCAUUUAGCUCUCCAGUCAUCUUUUCCUGUCCAGUUUUUCCCACUCUCAUCCCCUUGACCCUUUCUGUUUAUUAUUAUGCAUGUAAACUUUUCACCUUUUUAAUCCUCUUCUCUGCUGCAAACCUUUUCUUGCAGGAGUUUGUCUGAUUGCAUUCACAACCACAUUUUCUCACGUAAUCCUCUGCAAACUCCUCUUACUUGGAUGCAUCUUAAAGUGGGAUUUCAUGAGCUGAAAUGAUCAGAAUUCAGACUCUCUGAUUUCCAGAACUCACUGGUCUCUAUAAUAAUCUAUUUUUUAGCUCAAUUCCUGCAGAAAAUCCUUGACAAACUUUUUAAACAACAUUGUUUGUCUCCAGGAAGUCCAUAUCCCACCAUCGCUUGUUCACUUCUGUAACAAUAUUUGAUGUUUUAUAUUUUGUCGAUGCAGCAAGGUCGACAUUUCUUUUCCGCUCCAGGCUGUGCACUGUUUUCUUUUUUGAUUAAAACCCGCUGCAGCGUGCUCCCGCAGAGCGCAACGCAAAGACUCAGCCCAUCAGCAGCUCCGACCAGUCACCCUCAGCCGCCCAGUGGGGACAGUCGUCGUAUUAAUGCAUAAAUAUUUGACGCUGCAGUGCAUAAAUUUGAACAGGCCUGGAAUGCUAAGGCGGUUUAAUGUCUUAUUUUUAGGAUCUCAUUUUUGAUUUCAUGGUCGUUCAACCUCUGAGGGCAUUUUUGAACUUUAAGAGAAAUUAAUGGCUCAAAGAAAAGAGAUAAAUAAAGUCAUAAAAGGAGCCUUAAAAUCAAUCAGCUGUGGACAGACACAGUGAUGUGAUGAGUAAAAAUCAGCAGAGACUAAAGACACAAGUGAAAAAAUCUUUUAAAAGGAUCCAUUAGUGUCAGACAUUUGGGGUUUUUGGAAUCUCUCUAAAAAGUUUAAAAUAAAUUGGUCAGGAUAAGUUAAUCCUGACUGGAUCCUCACCAGAGGACUUCCUGUCGACAGCAGGCAGGGCAGUGCAACUUUAUCCACCUCCUCCAAUCAGAGUUAGUUUGAUUUAUAAUGAGAAAAGUUCAUCAAUGAUCCUUUUUACCAUAAAGACAAGAUGAUAAUGAGCUUGAAUCUAGCACUGACGACAAGGACUCUGACAAAUCAUCAUAAAAUCAUCAGGAAGAGGCACAGACUAAACAUUUAUGAGGGAUUCGACUUAUGUUAAACAUAUGGACAGCAUUUAUGCUGCGUUCAAGUUUCCUCGGAAGUCAGAAGUCCAAGCUGAAAAUGACGUCCCAGCAUUUCAGUUACCAAGUCGGAAAAAAGCAAAAUCGGAGGCGUAAACAAGAUGGCUACAUCCUUGUCCGAAUAUAAGGCACGGGCUAAAAUGACUUUCGUGGAUGUAGCCAUCUUGUUUCAGGCCUCCAAGUUUGCUUUUUUACGACUUGGUGACUCCAUUUUAGAUACCAGUGAAGAACCGUUCGUUUUCAUGCAUCACCCGGCAACCUUCAUGCUGAUUAGUUAUCGUGACAUGAAUAUCCACUCAAGUUGAGACAUUUUCAGCUCCCGCCCAACAAUCACGCUGCCAGAGUAGUAGGAGCGUUUAUUCACGUCUUUACGUUGCCUUACCAUGUAAUUCAUUCGCACAAAUGAUUUUACUCACGCUUAGUGUGUGGAGACAGAAUAAAAACUCUCAAAUUCACCUACAUUAGCUUUCCUUUGUCAAGAUUAAAAUGCUUUAGGUGGACCUUCAAAUAUUUAAAACUUUUCAUAUUUAAAUUGUUGAAGAUGGAGAUGUAGCUGAGAGCGCAGUGUAUGGAGCAUGUCCAAGGGCAUUUCUUGGACAAGGACCUCAGUGAACACAUUUGUAGUGGCUUCAUUUUCCAGCACCAAAUGUUUAAGGGGCAUGUGGGCAACGGCUUUAGGUCAUUAGCAGCCAACUUCAAACAGCGCCAUCAAUCCAUCCAACUCCAAAUGAGAUCAUUUUUCCAUUUCAUUUAGAGUUUCCGAAUGAAUUCGUUAGGAAAAAAAAGGAGGGAUGAAGAGAAGUGUUCAAACAAUGGAGCGUAAUAGAUCGACCGGGUAUAAAAAGGCUUAAUAGGUGAUUCAAGCUCUGGGCCGUGAGGGUCAGGACUCAUGAGGCCUGACUCCUGAGCCCCUGAAGUUAACAAAUUGCCUUCAUCAGUUCCAAGUGAAGCAUCACCUUGUGCAUUGGCGGUCAACCUCACACGUGUCUGUGUCCGCUGCAGAUCUCAGCUUCCUUCCCCGGCCGGCGAUGUGGUGGUGCGAGCGGGGGAUCCAGGUGCUGCUGACCACCAUGGGGGCAUUCGCAGCUUUUGCCCUCAUGACUGUGGCCAUCGGUACGGACUACUGGCUCUACGCUCGCGCCUUCAUCUGCAACAGCACGGCCAAUUCGUCCCAAGAGGAAUCCAGCAACAAGGACAAGAAAGACCCCGGGGCGCUCACCCACUCCGGCCUCUGGAGGAUCUGCUGCCUGGAAGGUACGGCUGCUUUUCCUGUGGCGCUCAGAGUAAUGUUCAAACCCUGGAAGCUUCAGUGUGGUCACAUGUGUGUGUGAUUUCUCAUACUCUGGCUCCUGCGGGGUCUUGUUGAGGUUGGCACACUCAUCAGUGGAAUCAGCAUGGGCAUAAAUAGGUGUUCUCUUAAUCACAAACAGACCCACUCACUGAUCGGAUAUUUUGCUCUUAAUUAGCUCAUUGGUUUGUUUGGAUGAUCUGGUUUUGGAGGAUGAUCAGAGUGAUAGGUGAUAUUAAUGACCAGUGAAGAGUUUAGAUGAUUUAGCUGGAGUGGGGUUGACUCUUUUGGUGGAUUCCUAGAGAAAGACCAGGUUUUCUUGGUGGAGUCCACUGUGUAUCUGUAGUGGCGGUUCUUUCAAGUCUCCAGCUGUUCUUGUUUCCACAGUAACAUAUAUCCACUCACACCGUGCAUUAAACAUCCAGCUUAUCUCUGUGCCCUAAAGCUCAGAUAUGAGCGGUGACUCAUUCGGCGUCUGAUCAAGUAAUUUUUCUGCAUUGCUGCAGCUGAUGGGCAGGUUUAAUAGCGGGGGACACACUUACACACACAGAAUAAACACUCUCUCAUGCAUGUUUAUGACAGAUUAUGUUUCCAGGACGCACUUUACAUUGUAAGGGUUGUGUUGCCCUGCAUAAAGGUGUCACAUGAUGCAUUUUAACACCACUGUACUUGAUAAAAACAGCAACAUUUGUAUGACUACAUCAAGUUAAUUUGUUUUUGCAAGCUGUGGCUGUUUGUGGGACUUUACUCAAAGCUUGUCUUAUACCUGUCAUGCCGUAUUUAGCAAAACAUUGACUCCUCUUGUUGCCUCGCAGCUUUCCUGCAGAUCAUCUAAAGUGUAAGGCAGAUACUCUCUGGUUUCAGACCAAUCUGCUGUCGAUGUUUAAACACACUCCUGCCCCAUUCAGAUGAAUGAAUCCGCUUCAGUGUGAUCACUACGGAAAUGAUAACACCGCUAUGAAUUAUUAGACUUGGCUGCAGGAUUUUCUUGGCUGGCUUUUGUUUGUUUGCACAAGUGUGUGUGUUCCUGGUUUUACCCGUCUUUUGCUUUAUUGCAAGUGAAACAAGGGAUCUCUCUUUCUCCUCUUUAUGUUUAUUUUGGCCAUGAGACUCACAACUGGCUGUCUGGGGAAACAAAUAUUCUCUCUCAAUAAGAAAUGUAAGCGUUCAGGUGCAGAUAUCAGCUGAUACGCUAAGCCAAGGUAUUGAUUUUGGAUUGUAUCGGAAAAAAAUGGAUCAGUGCAUCUCUAGCAGUUACUGUAAUGAUUCACAAGAUAAAACAGUUCUUGCCAAGAAAUGUACAUUUAUUUCUGUCAGUUAUUUCUUGUUGCAGUCGUGUGUUUUUGAAAGGAUCAAUCAGGAAGUAGAGGUCUUAGAAAGAGGUCACACGUUCAAGAGGGAAGCAUCAUUAUAUCCAAACAACGACCACUUUCAAACUCAUUUUCUCACGACAGGUCUGUUAUUACUGGAUGUAUAAAUGUCAGUAUCAUCAGCAUAUGAAUUAAUUUGGCAGUCAGGGGAAGUGCUGGGGUGGUCAUGCAUAAAUAUGGAGAAAAGAAGAGGACCUAAACGUGAGCCCUGUGGUACUCCCCUUCCAAUUAUAUAUGAAGAAAAGCAACAAAAUUACAGGAAAUUUAAAUUUUUGCUCAAUAUCUCCAGGUCUUUUAUUACUGGAUGUAUAAAUGUCAGUAUCAUCAGCAUAUGAAUUAAUUUGGCAGUCAGGGGAAGUGCUGGGGUGGUCAUGCAUAAAUAUGGAGAAAAACGUGAGCCCUGUGGUACUCCCCUUCCAAUUAUAUAUGAAGAAAAGCAACAAAAUUACAGGAAAUUUAAAUUUUUGCUCAAUAUCUCCAGGUCUUUUAUUACUGGAUGUAUAAAUGUCAGUAUCAUCAGCAUAUAAAUUAAUCUGGCAGUUAGGGGAAAUGCUAGGCAGGUCAUUCAUAAAAAAAAAGAAGAGGACCUAAACACGAGCCCUGUGGGACUCCCCCUUCUAAAUUAAAUAUGAAGAAAAGCAACAAAAUUACAGGGAUUAAAAUAUUGGGUCCAGGUCUCCUGGUCUUUUAUUACUAGAUAUAAAACUGUCAUUAUCAUCAGCAUAUAAAUCAAUCUGGCAGUCAAGGGAUUUUUUUGCAGGUCAUUUUUAAAUGUGGAAAAAAGAAGAGGACUUAAACAUGAGCCCUGUGGGACUACCCCCUUCUAAAUUAAACACGAAGAAAAGCAACAAAAUUACUGGAAAUUUAUGUUUUUGCUCAAAAUUUCUAGGAGAAAUUACCCCAAAUCCUCACUUAUUAUGAUUUCUUGACUUGGGUGGCCGUAAUUCACCAAAAAAUGACAAUGUCAAUGAUUUGUUUGCAAUUUUAGCAUAGCUAUGUGUCAGGGUGUUGCUGUACAGUCGUAGAAUUAUGCCAAAAAUGUCAGAAUUUGUGUCCUGAUCCGCGCUCUGAAUACUCUCCUGCUUUUUCGUCCCUUACCAAUCACACCCCUGAUUCUGCUUGUCAUUCCUGCCCGUCUGUCCCAUACCUACCCUCCUCCCCUCUGUGUUCUCCACUGUUUCUGUUCCAGCACCUUCCUCACCCUCUCCUCCUCUUCCUCUCUGCCUUUUUUUUAUUUCCAGGCCUGAAGCGAGGUGUGUGUUCCCAGAUCAACCAUUUCCCCGACGACGCGGACUAUGACCAAGAUGCUGCCGAGUAUCUGCUGCGUGAGUCAACACACGUGUUUACAACUGCGCGGCAGAUGCAGAACAGAACAUUAACAGACAUGAACGCUGGAAUACAAAGACACAAAAAGACACAUUCAGGCUGCGCACGUACACACACACAUUACAGUCUCCAUCACACACAGAUAGAGAAAGGACAGAAGGGGAUGGUGGGCGGACAUCAAUGCACGGAUGUCAGAUUGGAGAAAGCGUUCCUGGAGAUGUGUGCGCGAUGUUUGUGUGUGCAUGUGUGUCUGUGUGUGUGUGUGUUUAGAUGCCCAGGUGCAUGGGGUUUGGAGUCUGGGGGUGUACAGAAAGCUUUUUUUUGUCACACAUUGAAAGAACAGCCUUCACUUAUGCGUUUUCAGCUCAGGAUUCAGGUUUCACAUCCUGCCUCCAUCGUCACAGCAGAUUCUGUCGAACAGCUCUGAAUCUUUUGGUUUGUAAAGUUUAUGUUCGAUCUUUACAUUAUAUAAAGACGUCUAUUCCUGGGGAAGCGAGAUGUGCUUCUAUCUUGGAUCCUUGUUCCUCGCUUUGCAGUGAACAAGAGAGCUUUGACCUUUCCAAAACCUGUACAAAACUUUCGAUUUAUUUUACAAUCACAAACUUCCUUUGUCUGAUCCUAAGUCACUUUUAUACAACUCCACAGACUGAAGGAAGGCUGCAAAGAUUUAGGACUAAGUUUUUCUAUUUCUAAAUAUGUGUUGAAACAAGAGAUGUCCUGGUUAGCUUUUUUAAUCCCCAAUAUGAUUUUUUUAUAUUUAAUACGUGUUAAAUUUCCAUCAACAACAGUUGAUACUCCUGAGCUGUAUUUCAACCACCAUCAAAAUGCUAUAACACUCCACUACCCUUAUGUAAAAAGGAACAAUUGACAGUUUCUUCUGACAUUGAAGUUAGGGAUGUCCUGACCCGAUAUUGAUAUCCGAUAUCAGUCCUAUUUCAGCAUAUCAAUAUCAAUCCAAUGUUGAUAUCCGAUAUCAGUCAGAUAUCAGCAUAUUGAUCCGAUAUUGAUAUCCGAUAUUCGUCCAAUAUCAGCAUAUUGAUCUGAUCCCAUAUUGAUAGCCAAUAUCGGUCCGAUAUCGCCAAAAAAACCCAGAACAAAUAUUGGAUUAUAUCAGCCUGGUUCCAAAAUCUCCGAUAUCAGCACAUCUAUAUUGAUCCAAUAUUGAGAUGUGAUAUUGUACUGAUAUUAGCAUAUCAAUAUUGAUCAAAUAUUGAUAUCUAAUAUUGGUCCGAUAUCAGCAUAUUGAUCUGAUCCCAUAUUGAUAGCUGAUGUUGGUCUAAUAUCAGUAAAAAGUAACGAAUAUCAGAUUGUAUCGGCCUGGUUCUAAAAUCUCCAAUCUCAGCACAUCUAUAUCGAUCCAAUAUUGAUAUAUGAUAUUGGUCCGAUAUCAGCAUAUCAAUUUUUGAUCUGAUAUUGAUAUCUGGUAUCGGUCCAAUAUCAGCAAAAAAAAAACAGAAUAUCGGAUUAUAUCUGCCUAGUUUUUAAAUCUCUGAUAUCAGCGCUCUGAUACAAGCAGUCCAUUCCAGAUUCCGCUCCAGCACUUCUACCUAGCAGCACUUGGAUCAGCAUGCAGAGCCCACGUUAUCACAACAACAGUGUGUACGAAGGUACAAACAAAGUAGCAAGGAGUAGGAGUGAUGUCAGCCGUGUGGCAGUAUUUUUCGUCUAAUUCUGAAAAAGACUUGUCAUGCACAAGUUUGUGCUAAUAUCACAUCAAUAUCGGUAUCGUAUCGAAAUUAAAAAAAAGUUGUAUCAGGACACCCCUAGUUGAAGUAGUGACGCCCAGCAGAGGUUUGUUACCUGAACACCCCACAGGUCAAAAUUCACUACAAACCUCCUCCAGCUCAGCUUCCUUUCUUAUCAGCUACUUAUCAGAUAAUCAAUACACCGAGCUGAAGAUGCAAACACCACCCACAUAACACACAACCUUUCACAGAAGCAUUUCUAUGAAUAUAUGCUUAUCACAGCAUAAUCGCCUCCCUUUAGAGGCAAACUAAAGAUAAAGCUGCUCAAAGUCACCUUGAAAAGCUGACAGCUCUGCUUUUCCACCCAGCUCUUCACGUUAAUCUUCUAUAAUGUCUCUGGAUGUUAUCUCUACCUUUUAUAGGUGUGAGGUGUCUGCUGGAAUUACACUGCGGGUGACGUUAUGCAACUUUAGACAACCACACUGACAGUCCUUCGCUACAGAGGCUGAAGAUUGUUCAUUAUGGAUUAGUCAAUACUGGUUAAAAAGUGGGGUGACCCGGCCUGUGGUGCCACUUUGUGACCAUUUUCACCCUCAUUAGGUUGCAAUCAAGCAGUUAAAGAAAACAGCGGUAUACUAGAAAGUUAAUUAACUUUGUGGUGAUGUUUUGAGGAGUUAAUAAGAAAUAAGAAAAUGAAUUACCAUAUCACCAAAAUUCGUCCCCAUUAAGUUUGUAAAACUGGUUUUAUUUCCUGGUAUCUAAGGUUUUUACUGGUGGUGUCUUUCUUUACUUAGUCCUGGCAAAGGCUCCUCCACAGCCACAAAAGCUAUUAUUUAGUACAGUUACAUAAAUAGAUAGCAGCAGCUGCUGCAGAGCCAACUUAUAGUAUCAGCUCCAAAGUGUGCUCCUGCAUAUUCAUAACACUUUUCAUCCUGGUAGUGUAUCACGGCUGCUAACUUUACACCUUUAAAUAAUUUUUAACCUCAGAAAAAAAAAGCCCACUGAAGCAUCUACAUGGUAAAAAUAUCGAGUUAAUUGUAUGAAUGAGACAAAACAAAGCCUCAAGGUAGUUGAUGAAAUGGAAGUAUCGCCCUAAAUGAUGUGAUUCUCUCUCUCUCUGUGGUCUUUUGCAGGUGUGGUGCGAGCCUCCAGCAUCUUCCCCAUCCUCAGUGCCAUUCUGCUCCUGCUGGGGGGAGUCUGUGUCGCCUCCAGCGGCUUCUACAAGAGCAAAAGAAACAUCAUCCUGGGUGGAGGGAUACUCUUUGUAGCUGCAGGUAGCUGCUGUUCCUCUGAUCUUUCAGUCACAGUCAGGGUGCAGGUUGGAUUGUCAUGACGUGUUUGAUAUCGGCUCUGAAACUUUGCAGGAGGCAGAAAUUUUCUCUGCUUCUUUGUCAGCCUCCAUGUUUGACUUUGUCCUUCUAAUCCAUCCUCCUUUAAAAAAAAAAAAAAAAAAAGAAGCUUCUCCACCAUCCAGACCAACCAGUCAAAUAAACAAGUUAGACCCUUAGAACUCCAAGCUAUAUCUAUGUAGCAACUCGAUCCUUUUAAGCACAGCAAAUAUAUACACUUUUUUUUCAGGACAACUUCAGCUGUCAGUUUAUAGGUGCAAAAAUUAUGUAAAAUGAAUGUGACAGUAGAUUCAGAACCAUCAAAGUCAACCUAAAAACAAAAACGGAAAUUGAAAUUGAUACCAACCUUUGCACAAAAAUCACAUAAAUCUACAGUGACCAAGUCUUUUCUCACCUGCAAAUCAUUCUCUCAAGUCUUGGCUAUCAGGAGAAGAAAUAUUGGGAUUGGAACAAACACACAACAGAAACUAUUUACAUAUUUACACCAAUUCUUCCAGGCGUUUUUUGCUAUUUACAGUUGUUUAUGCCACUCCUUGAAGCAGUUCCUGUCUGGGAUGAGACAGAGGACCACAUCAUACUGCUCAGAAUCUCUUCUUUGCUUGAGGACCUUUAUUUCUUAUUUUGCAGACAAGCAGGGAACUUUUAUUGUCUCUUGUUGAGCUUUGGUUGCCUCUUAUUGGACACUACCGUCAAGGGAACGGUAGAAUAUGAGACCGUGUAAUUGGUCGAAAGUUUGACAGAAAAAGACGUCAUCAAAACAGCUUGUUAAACCCGGAAGACAUUAGCGGCAUUUAGCGAUAGCGAUCUUUUUUUUAUCACGACAAUAUGAUAAAUAAUCAUGUUUUCACCGGUAUAUCACUGCGGAUUUACCAUCAAACGUCUCUGAUCAAACACCUAUUUUUGUGGCCGGAUUGUAAACCUUGUGGCAGGUGUAGAAAUGCCUGGAAACCCUCGAUAGAUUGCCAAAAGGGUAAACUUUUGAACACUUUCAUCCCAUAGAGAUGCACGGUAUAGUUCCCGAGAAACUGUAAACAAUAUUAUGGUGUCAUGUAGGAUCGCCAGCAAUCCAGCAGAGUUUUAAGUGUUAAUCUGUAUGAGUAGGCCUGUCACGAUAACAAAUUUUGCUGGACGAUAAUUGUGCUACAAAUUAUCGCCGAUAAACGAUAUUAUUGACACCGUUUUUUAAAUUAUAGAUAAUGAUAUUAUAUGGCAUAAUAAUGCGAGUACACCAUGUCAAAAGUGAUAAACUUUAAUUUCCACACGAGAACAACACUGGUUGUUUUCGUUGACUAAAAUAUUUCCCUUUUCUCCCACGACGAAGACGUAACGUUGACGAGCUAAACAUAAGUCGGAGAUGACUGAAAUGUGACGAGACGAAAGUGCGUUUACGUUGAUGGGACGAGAUGAAAAUGACGAACAGAGUUGCAAAACUCAGUCAGUUAAACGCUAAACAUGUAGGAGCAGCUUCAGUCCGCUCUGACAGCUCUCAUCAUCCUGCUGUGCUCCUCCAACACACAGACACACACGCACGCGCGCGCACACACACGUGGAGUUUUGUGGUUGACGAAAACAAAACUAGUUUAAAGCCGAAAUAUUCCCACACUUGGGCUGUUGCGUUCAGUUUAGACACCAAAGCUGUCGUGUUCAUUCUGUUUGCUUGCUUUUCACUCACGACGCUCACUUGCAGCACUGUAUCCAAAAGUCUGUGUCUGUGUGCCUGUGCGCGCCAGCCCCGUCGUGACAAAGACACUGAAUGACUGACAGGAGGGUUCACUAACUCCGUUCAUUCCGCUAUAGAGCCAACGCCCCCAGGUGCCGAGAACAAUGCGCAGAGUGAGACCUCUUCUCUCAUCCAGCGUGUUUGGUAGCGAGAGAGGAGGAAAACAAACGCACGUCAAUUAUCGAGGCUGGCAAAAUGACCGACCUCGUUUUUAUUUAUCGAGCGAUAAGGCGAUUUAUUGAUUAUCGCGACAGGCCUACUUAUGAGAUGCAGUUUGACUUUAAUAUUGUGUCCUCCUCCUCCUCCUUCUCUUCUCUGGAACCACACAAUAGAUUUGCAGGUUGAUUCAUCUCAGGGGAAGACUCAAAGUUAAAGUCUGAUUUAUUUCCUCAGGCCUCAGCAACAUCAUCGGAGUGAUUGUGUACAUCUCUGCAGCCCUGAGCGACAUCUCCCCAAAGAAGGACGAGGACAAGAAGUGGCACUACUCCUACGGCUGGUCCUUCUACUUUGGCGGCCUGUCCUUCAUCCUGGCUGAGAUGGUGGGCGUCCUCGCCGUGAACAUCUACAUCGAGAAGAAUAAAGAGCUGCGCUGUCGCUCUCGCACCGACCUCUUCAAGAGCACCACGCACGCCAUGCUGCGCCUGCCCAGCUACCGCUUCAGACGGCGCUCCCGCUCCAGCUCGCGCUCGACCGACCCGCCGCACUCACAGGAGACUUCGCCAGUCGGUGCCUCCAAGACCUUCAGCCUGCCGCCGUCUGCCCCGCCCUUCUCUGUGGCCACCCUGCCCAACCCGCACCACACCAGCAGCGGUGGGAGCGGAGGAGGGGGUGACAUCUCCAUGUACACCCUAGGGAGGGACUCAAAGCUGGGCAGUCUGGGAGGAGGCGCCCCACCUCUCUAUGGUACGGUGGACCGCGCCACGCUGUACCAGCUCCACAACUACUUCCCAAAAGAUUCCACCGGCAGCGGGGGGAGCGGUGGAGGAGGAGGAGGAGGAGGGGGAGCGGUAGUCAGCAGCGGUACUCUUCCUCACUCCAAGUCCAACCUGGCGGCGGCAGCGGCUGCAACCCAGAACACAGCACCUCUGAAUACCUCCACAACCGCUGUAGCAACGGCCCCGGCUGCUCCGAUCUCUACAGCCACCAUGGAGAGGGACAGAGGCAACGUGGGAACCCUGGACCGGCUGACCGCCAAAAGAGGAGGGGAUAGCAACUCAGAUACACUGAACAGGAAAACUACACCCGUCUAAAAUCUCAGAGAGGAAGGAGGUCGAGUUACAGAGAGGGAGAGAGAGAAGAUAAGAGGAGGCUUAGGGCUGAAAAUGUGUGGGUGACACUUCAACAGUAAUGUUUCUGUCCUUGAGCCUGAGGUAUCCGACUGCCAUGUUCUACUCGACCAGAUUUACACAGUGACGCUUUACCCCGCCGUUUUCAGAUACUGAUAGAAUGACAACCCGCUGCCUUUCAGAUUCAAGUCGAAAAUGUAAAAGUUGCAACGAAUCUGAUGACGUUUCGAUCAUCCCAGAGGGUCACGUAAACAUAACGCUUUAUUUAUUUUAAGAGGGGCCAAAGAAAGCAAUCAGGACAACAACAAAUUUACCCUAAAAUACAACCUUUCAGAUUCACUCAAAACUGUUCGGUCAAAAAUCGGUAUAUUAUCGCGAUUUGUGUGUCAGGUUUAACAUUACCUGAGCUUUUCACCAUUGGGGGAAAAAAGCCACUGUGUAAAUGUGGUACUGUUCAUAAACAAUCAUAAAGCGUCUGAUACAAUAAGAAAAUUCAUUCUGCCUUAAAAUAGUCAGACCUAUAGACUGUAUAUACUAUGGACAACUUGGUUCCACCUUCUGCCAGUGUACGGAUUUGAAGCCGAAAAGCUUUCUCCAUUUCCUGAAACCAACAUUGGGCAGUAGCGUUGUAUGCAUUCGGCGGGAGAGUCGCCGAGAGUUGCUGUGAUGACGCUCGGCUCAAACAGUGUAUCCCCCGGGUGAGCAACACAAUCUUCGUACGCCCAUAGACUGUAUCAGGUGUCAAUCACAGAAAACAUGAACCCCUUGAUAACUUUUAAAAACUGAGCUGUACAGAAAAAAAGAGGACUUGAGCACAAACCAGUCUGACAGUAACUACAUGUCAACAUCGCAAUAAAUUUCUAAAGUUUGUCCACAGCUCCAUAAGCUUUGCUGGUGGAGGUGGGAUUUAUGACCUAUACUGCAGCCCAUCACCAGAGGGUGCUGUUCUCUUUGUGGCUUAACCCAGCGAGGAGGCAGACUCUGUCUAUUCUAUAUACAGUCUAUGGUCAGACCUGAGAGUCUUGGUCAUAACCAGUGACAGCUUCAAAGUUGAACCAGUUAAGGGUAAAGUGCCUUGCUAGGGAGGCAGGAGGGCUCAGUUAGUUUCACCCAAAACCUUAUCAUUAUGACGGCCUCAUAAUGGAGCUCUGAUUCAGUGAUUAAAAAGUUAAUAUAUUGAGUUUAAAACUGAAAGUCAGUAAUUUACCGAUUUAGACAGAAAUGUGACAGAAGCUAAAAAUACCGACAUCUUUUGUUUUCUGACAAAAUAUACAAAUCAGUCAGUCCUUCGAGAUAUUCUGAACCGAGCAGCACUUUUAUAAACAUCAAAUGCAAAAAUGAAAUGAAAUUAAAAAGCGUACAGAUGGUAGAAGCCACAAUUCUCUGUUGCAUUUCUGUUUUAGAUAAGAACAGAGAGCCACAGACGAGCACAUUCAGCCGACCGACGAGCCGCUCGGUGACGAGUCUGCUGCCAAUUCCAGGUCAACGGGAGCUACUUAACCUCUGGUCCUGAGAGACUAACCUCGGCCAUAUCGAACCCACUGACACACACUCAAACAAACCCACACGCACACACAGACUCGCAGAGGCUGACACAUUGUGAGCCCAUUAAUUUUUCAUUGUGUGUCAAAGGUAAUUACAGUGACAGAUGGGUAUUCUCAGCACUACUAGAGGAAGGCACAGCCAUAGACUUUAAGUUUCACCCCAUCCGCCUCCGUUACAACACCGCCAGCUGUCACAGUUUGGUUACACUCUGCAACAAUUGUCCAUCUGAGGAAGUAGCUCAAUUCCUGAAGCUGUUGCUCAAAUAUAGGAAAUAUUUGCCCGACUUUGAACAACACUGCUUUUCAGUCCUUCAGAUAUUUGACACCAAAGUGAUCUGAACAAAUAAAGAGGACUGAUUUAAGCUAUGAAGUAAUAAUGUGGAAUCAAACAGCAAACCAAAGAGUACAAAGCAUAACAGAUAACAGUAUAUAAGAUAGCUUGCUAGAUGAGCUUAAUACACCUCAGACCAACGGAUAAUCUUAUAGGAUAAUCUUAGAAGACAUAAGAUAAUCUUCCCAUUGUUGUCCUUGGUCGGAAGGGGGAAAAUCGGAACAAAAUAGCCCGAUUAUCUUUAUGUGUGUACCCCGCUUUAAAGAUCAUGACUCAGGUCAAGUCUUAGCUCCUCCCACUGGUAAAACUGGGUACUACACCGUUCUAUUUUUUCUCCAGUCCUGCAUUUUCUGCAGGUCUCAACGUGCACAAAGGUGAAAAAAAAACCUCCAAAUGCACUAACAAAGUUGAUGAGGAAAAGGGUCCUGGGUUUUUUUUUUAUGAUUGUUUAUGAUAAUAAAUGGAUACCAACGGCUACAAGACAGUUCUAUGUUGAGUGUUGCUGCAAAGGGCUGCAACCACAGGCAACAGGGCAGGGGGCAAUUCAGUUUACACUCAGGGGGAGAGGUUUUUGUUUGACUGAAAAAACUCUGAAUUAGCUACAUAUAUAUAUAUAUAAAUCAACUAUCAGAAAUCAUUUUAUCAAAUUAAGUUCCACACAAUCCUGGGAAAUCACGAAAUUUAAGCACAUUAUUAAAUAUUUAGUAAAUAUGACAGUUAAAGGAAUUUCUAUAGAGCCAAUCAGAUUUAUUAACAGUGUAUUUUUGAGAAUAUUGAGGAGAAAACAUUCCUGAUACGGAUCUACGAGAUUAGAUUUUGGACUGAAACCCUUCACGCGUCCUUAAUCUGACUAUCGCACCACUGAACUGAACUCUGAAUGCACUUCUCCUUGCAUUUGAAACAACAACAACAACUCAAUCAACAACUUGAUCUAGUUGGAAGAGAAGAAGGAGGAGAGACAAGAGCACAACAGCGAGCUUCACUUCCUCUUCCGUCUGCCUCUUCUAGCGAUAACUAUAUACUAUUUCACAAACUAGAAUAAUAAAUGUAUUAUUGAGUAUAUAAUCGGUCCAUUCUACAAAAGCACAUAAUGUCUGUAAAUGGUAAUCUUUGGGUUGUCUUUUCAUUCAGAGUGAUUGAUCAUCUGUAGGUUACACGAGAUUGUAACUCUUUGAGUAUUUAUAUCAUGUUGCUGGUGUUUCUAUGAUCGUAAUGGUUAUUGCAGGGUAUUUAUACAUUUGGAAACUUUUCUUUUUUGUAUUUUUAUAUUCCUUUGAAGGACUUCUCAAAUUUUUGGUUUCCUUGCUUAUGUAGACUAAGAGUCCGUGGUGUCACGUGGAGAGCAUGUGCACAAAAUCCAGAGGGUUUUAACGUGUAAAGCCAUCUUUUUAUCUUUUUUUUUAUUGCAUUUGUUUGUACAGAGGGUGUUAAUUGAAUGUGCAUCCCUAUCAUUCAUACAAACUGGCACUGGCCCAGUGAAACCAGUCUACUCACUGGUAACUGAGCAGCUUCCACAGAACAAUAGGGAGCUCUGUGCCUUGCUCGAGGGUACAUUUAUAAUCUUUAAAAAGUGUUAGUUGUUUAAUUUCAACCAUCUUGGUUUUUCAAGCUGUUGUAAAGAUGCUAACUAGCUAAUGUGAGUCCUUCUAUUAUUUAAUUAUCACUCUGAAUCUGACUGUGAUAUUCAUUUUUACUGUGAAUGUUAUUGUUGAACUGUUCUAUUGUAAUCAUAACUCAUUUUUACAGACCUUUUUUCUCUUACAACGCCUGUUUUUAGGUCUUAAUCUGGUGUUUUUUCCUCGUGAUCGCUCUUUGGUUCGUCAUUUUCUGAGUUUUUAUCUCAACCUAAGCUGUUGGUGUUUGUUUUCAUCUUAUUCUACUACGUUUCCUUGCAGAUUUAUUUUGGAAACAUUACCAACGUAGCCUAAUAAUCAGUGUUUUUUAAUGUUCUGACUAGUGUGUAAUUGUAGAGGAUAGAAUUUAUAUGAAUCUAUUUAUUUUCGUGGUGAUGUGUGUAGAUAUUCUUAGUGUUAUUUUGUUUCCUACACCUAUAACUUUGGGCUAUUAAGGCUUUACGCCUGCCUGUGACGAGCUGUCAGUAUCCUCAGUGCUGGGAGAGGGAGCUGGAAGGAGUGUGUGUUUUUUAUAGAUAAUAGCUUCAUUAAAUGUAUGUGUGUGUGUAGUUGUAACAUCAUCAAAUGAAUCCUAUUUUCCUUUUUUAAAAUGUAUUGUUAAAGCAUGCGUUCAGUUUCUCUGUUUUCAGUCGAUAUCUUUAUGUUUAAGCCGUUUUUUAAAGGCAGCGUGAGUCACCAGCUGUUUCUCCCAAAUCUUGGGCUACUGACAUGAGUCAUAUUUGAAACUCUUCAAAUGGAAAACUGGCAGAUUUCCACGGAGCAGAUGGAUAUAUACAGUAUAUAUAUAUAUAUAUACAGUACAGGGGAAUAAAGUGGAAGCAAUACAAUAUAGAGAUCUUCACUGGGAGAGUCAAAAAUAUAAGGUAUAUAUACAUAUAUACAGUAUAAAUAUAUAAUUAUAUUCAAUAAAGUUCUAUAUGAAAAUGUG